GAGCAUACGAGUGGAAUUAAUUGUGAAAUGUGUCAAAUUGGUUACUAUAGACCGAACGGUGUACCUCCUGACGCGACUGAACCGUGUGUGCCAUGCGACUGCAAUAUUCAUGGUAGCACAGGAUUCUGCACUCCUGAUGAUUCUUACACUCACAUGGGAAAGGGUAAUAACGGCAUGCGGAUAGCUUACGGCGAAGAACAAUAUAGCGGGCAGGAAGCGGAGAUCACAGUGCCCCUGCAUGAAAACGGCUGGUACCACGUGCGUCAGGAGAUCCAAGAUAUCCCUACGAGAUUGAGGAGAACCGAAUUUCGCGGCGACGCCGUUACCAGGGUGCAAAUGAUGAACGUCCUUGCGGAUCUCAAGUACCUUAUGAUCAGGGCGCAGUAUCAUUCCGAGCAGAUCGAGGGGAGUCUACAAGCAGCGAUCUUGUCCGUCGGAGAGGUUGCAUCCGGCGGCGAGAGUAACAAUUUGGUCGAGGUGUGUGAGUGCCCCGAGGGAUACGCGGGACUGUCCUGCGAGAGCUGCGCAUGGGGGUAUGUGAAACUGAUCAAGAAUGGAUCCGAUUAUCAGGAUCAUCAUGUAUGCGUGCGGUGCGACUGCAACGGACACGCGGGCACUUGUGACCUUACCCUGGGAGAAUGCACG